UCAACAGGACUUGAACCAAUGAGAGAAGCAUAGGGCCCUUGUGAAGAUAAAUGUCACUUUCUCUUAGGACCUGUAUGCGACUUUCACCUGUGAUUUGUCCUUUUAGUAGCUGCUGACUUUGAUUACAGGAAGGUCUCUGAAGAGUCGUACCAAAUGACAUCAAUGGCCAGCUUGUUUUCUUUUACUAGUCCAGCAGUGAAGCGGUUGUUGGGCUGGAAGCAAGGUGAUGAGAAGGAAAAAUGGGCAGAAAAGGCAGUCAACGCUUUGGUGAAGAAGCUGAAAAAGAAAAAGGGUGCCAUGGAGGAACUGGAGAAAGCCUUGAGCAGUCCCGGACAGCCAAGCAAGUGUGUCAGCAUUCCUUGGUCUUUAGAUGGACUCCUUCAAGUGUCUCACAGAAAAGGCUUACCCCACGUUAUAUAUUGUCGAAUUUGGUGCUGGCUUGAUUUGCAGAGCCAUCAUGAGCUAAAGCCCUUGGAUAUUUGUGAAUUUCCUUUUGAAUCUAAGCUUAAAGAAGUUUGUAUCAACCCAUGCCACUGUAAGAGAGUGGAGAGUCCAGUCUUACCUCCAGUGUUAGUGCCUCGUCAUAAUGAAUUCAAUCCACAACACAGCCUUCUGGUUCAGUUUAGGAAUCUGAGCCACAAUGAACCACACAUGCCACAGAAUGCCACGUUUCCAGAUUCUUUCCACCAGCCCAACAGCACUCCUUUUCCUGACACACCUCCUCCUGCCUAUAUGCCCCCCGAUGAGCAGAUGAGUCAGGACAACUCCCAGCCUAUGGACACAAGCAACAACAUGAUUCCUCAGAUUAUGCCCAGCAUAUCCAACAGAGAUGUUCAGCCUGUUGCCUAUGAAGAGCCCAAACAUUGGUGUUCAAUUGUUUACUAUGAAUUAAACAACUGUGUUGGGGAAGCUUUUCAUGCAUCUUCUACUAGUGUGUUGGUAGAUGGAUUCACAGACCCUUCAAAUAACAAAAGUAGAUUCUGCUUGGGAUUGUUGUCAAAUGUCAAUCGUAAUUCAACAAUUGAAAACACAAGGCGACAUAUUGGGAAAGGUGUCCAUUUGUACUAUGUUGGUGGGGAGGUGUAUGCAGAGUGUCUGAGUGACAGCAGCAUAUUUGUACAGAGUAGAAACUGCAACUUCCACCACGGCUUCCAUCCCACCACUGUCUGUAAGAUUCCAAGCAGCUGCAGCCUUAAGAUUUUUAACAACCAGGAGUUUGCCCAGCUGCUGGCUCAGUCUGUCAACCAUGGAUUUGAGGCAGUAUAUGAGCUCACCAAAAUGUGCACCAUUCGAAUAAGUUUUGUCAAGGGCUGGGGCGCGGAGUACCACCGGCAGGACGUUACCAGCACUCCCUGUUGGAUCGAGAUCCACCUUCAUGGUCCUCUUCAGUGGCUGGAUAAAGUCCUUACUCAGAUGGGCUCCCCUCUGAACCCCAUAUCUUCUGUCUCAUAGUGCAGAAGUACUCUUUUCAAUUAUGUUACUUGUGGACUUGUUUAAUUUUAGAGAAAUUUCCAGUACAGAUACUGUGAGCUGACAUGGAAAAACAGAUACUACAGCUUAUUUUUUUCUACAAAAUUGUGACCAACACAUUUGUACUUUGUGACUCUCCGUUUGUUUGUACUCAGUAUUCAUGUAAUGGACUGGAAAGCGUGGAAGAUACAGAGCAAGCAUCAUGCCCCACUCACAAGCUCGGCUUUGAUCUUAAACUGGAACAGGUUUUUGCUUGUUGUCCCAAGAGUUUUUUAUUUCCUAAUUUUUAAUGUAACAAAAAAUGAUAGUGUAAGAGAGAAUAUACACAGGGAAAAGUGCACCUGUCCUCUCUUUUCUUGUCUUCCGGAAGCUAUAUGCUUCUAACAACUUAUCCCACCAGCUUUAUAAAAACACAUUUUACUUGGUUUUGCAAAAGCUUAUGGUAGGGGCUUAAAAGAAACUAUAAUAAAAAGAAGAAUCUUCUUUGAAGGAACACUAAGCACUGUUCUCACUAGUAGUGUCCAGUAAAAGCAAAGUGAUAGUUUCCUAGAUGACGUCAUACAAUUGACAUCUAAUAUAACUGUUUGUCUGUAUUGUGAUUCAUGCUAUCUGUAUAUCUUUUGUAACACAUUUCCUUUUCUAAAAAAAAGAAAACACUGCAAGUAAUUGAUGUGUAAUAUAUGCCAUGUACUCAGUCUGUCCUGAGUACUAUUUUAUAGCUAGCAGCAGUGCAUGUGUGGCCUUGUCAGCUGUGUUUGCUGCUCUUGGCCAGUGUAGGAAGAAUUCUACUUGUGGCAUGCAUUAAUCUUUUAUUUUGCACUUUUAUGGGCGACAGUUUUCAGUGUAACCUUUGCUCAGACAUGCUCAAGUGACCUACACUGCAGUUGUAGGAAGUUAUGCUUUUUCUAUUGUUUAACUUUUCAACCUAGGUUAUAAAAUAGUUACCAUACAGCUCUAGAUAAGGUGCCUAAUUUUGGAUGUUGUUAACUUCAUGCCAUUUCUCUGACUUACUUAUAUCCGUCUCCUGUGUCAUAGACCCUGGUUGGGCCCCAAGGAUGAGAUAAAUCAGCAGUGAGGGUUGGGGUAGCUGAUAUGAACACAUUCACAGAGCAGAGAAUGCAGGUGGAGUCCCACCAUCCAUGGUCUGUCUUUUUCGAGUUU